CUCUUCUACAUCCCCCUUUUUCGCACUCUCUCAGGUACACGCCCUUUGACUUGUCAGGGGAAAAAAGUUAAAGAAAAAACUAAUUCACGGAAGCCGUAGCUUACAAGUUAGGCAAGUUUUAGCGCAGCAACGGAGAACGACGUCGAGAAGAACUUAAUACGUAAAUAAGAGCACAUUCGUAUUGUUCUUUUGUUCUGCAAACAUUAUCUGACAGAAGAGCCAUGGAGGCAGCCAUACAGACAAUGGUGACAGUCUUUGUGAAGUCUUCCAAGGGGAAGGAGAACCUGGGAGGGAAGGACUUCCAGAAUCUGGUCAAGAACAAGCUUGGAAACAUCUUGACGGAUGCAGACAGCUCUGAGGCAGUGACGGGGAUGCGAAAAGGUCUGGAUGAAAACCAUGAUGGGAAGGUCAGCUUCGAAGAGUACAUGAAGCUGAUUGGUUACUUGGCGACCUCCCUCAGCAAGCAGUGUUCUGAUGCUAACAAGGCCCCCGCCAGUGCCAACGAAGCCCCCUCCACCGCUAAGGAAGCCACCGCCAACGAAGCCCCCUCCACCGCUAAGGAAGCCACCGCCAACGAAGCCCCCUCCACCGCUAAGGAAGCCCCCUCCACCGCUAAGGAAGCUCCUGCUGCCGCCAGUCCAGCGACUCCGGCCAAGGAGAAAGAUGAAGAGAAGCAGGAGGAGAAGAAAGAGGGGGAACAGCCUCAGGCUGCUGUGGCCACGGUAGAGGAGGUGAAGGAAGAAAAUCAAGAGGAAGAGAAGGAGGAAAAGAAGGAUGAAGAGGUCGAGGAGGAGGAAGCAGCACCAGCGGAGGUGGAGAAGACAUCCUAGGGAACUCACACUGACGAAUUUGGACACUGUGUUCUUAGCAAACUCAAACACAAACUGACACACACUACACACCAAACACACAGCACAUGACACCAACCUAAAAAACACACAAUUUCCCACCUUACAAAGCCAAUUGAAAUUUUCUUAACUAAUGUAUUACUAACAAACGUGAUGCUGCAUUGUGUACCACUAUAUAUUUGAUGUAGUUCCCUGUGUUUACUUCAUGAUAUUCCUAUAACAGGACAUUGUGAUAGGUCCUAUAAUAACAUACAGAUAAUUAUCAACACGUUCAUUCUCCCUGUGAGUUUCUUACACGCUACGUAGGCCAGAGUAGAGUAGGCCACAACAUGUCCUUAUAGCACACUGACACACAUCCUCCUGGGUCAGUGUAUGCUAGCUACACCACCUACAGAUCCGUGUACCCCUUACUCUAUCGCUGUCUGUUUAGCUGGGAGCAUUGCACUGUGACGUAAUGUCCCCCUCGCGUGUACAAGUGGGACCCUCAAAGCCCUCCGUACGACGUUGCCCCGCGAGCUACAUGCCAACCCCUGAUGCAUGAAUGAAGGAAACAAGCUAAGAUUUUAUCAGUGUUUCUGCUCUGUCUCUGCUGUUUUCAGUCCUUCCCGCCUCUCACCAAACUCUGGAUCUCUGUUUGGCAUGACAAUAAACAACAUGUGUUGCCUUUUUA